GGAGCAGUGUGUCCCUUCCCCCCCACUUCUCCCCGCCCCAUUCCCCAUCCUCCCCAUGCAGGCCAACCCCUGAGACAGCUUCCUCAGGCCAGUCACCUUGCCCUCUCCCUGCUCCUCCAUGGUCCAAGGUCCUCGCUCCUCCUACCCACUUACCGCCCACCUCCCUCUCGCACCUGUAACUGGGUCAGGAAGAAAGCAAGCCGGCUCAACAAAUUCUCCUAACGUUUAAAUGACUGAAAGGCUGUGGGAAUAGCCGCUCUUUAAAGGGAGGCACUGAGUAACCAGCAAUGCUUUUGUAGUUCAUAUCUCUUGUAGUUCAUGCCUCUCCCCUUAUUUAAAACUUUCCUAUGUCUCCCUGUAGAAUUUUGAGUAAAUGCCAGGCACUUUAGCUAAGGCCAGAAGUCCAUAAUUAGCUACCCAGAGGCAGACUGAGCUAAAUUCUGAACCCACUUGCUGCUGCUUCUUCCUGAUCAUUACUUAAGAAUAGAAGACUCUUACGCCUCCUCUUUUAGACCGUUCCCAACCACACACACCCUGUGCUCACCUGCCAGAGCCCUGAGCACAUCGUGUGUUUGCGCAUGCGUGCGUGAGUCCGGGUGUCCCUGACACCACAUGGGGAGCUCCUAGCCGAGGGUACAUCGUCCAUAACCGUUGGGCGAGUAGACAAAUCCGCACUGGCCAAGGUCGCGCUACCCCACAGGAGAGUGUUUGGUCGGGGUGUCUCUGCUCCCCAGCCAUGGCCCGCAUCGUCGACCUGGUGCCCUGGGAGGACGGCUCCACCCACGUGUACGCGUCCCCGGCCAUCUCGCUGCCGGUGGCGCGGACGCGCAACCAGCUGGCGGGCGUGAAGCGACAGCUGUACCACCCGGCCCUGCCCAGCCUGCGCCGCAUGGACAUGGACUCUGUCAGGGCCUGUCUUUCAGACGAGCACUGCCGGUCCACCACCUACUGCCGCAAAGAUGACUUUGACAACGCCUACUUCACACUUUUCGGUGUCCCCAAUAAACCUCUGCAGUGCUUGGACAUCACCGAAACCGGCCGGAGACUCCGAAACAGGUGCCAUGAGGGAAAGCUGGUACCCAUCGCGCCGGGCAUCAACCGGGUGGACUGGCCUUGCUUCACUCGCGCCAUUGAGGACUGGUCCCGCUUCGUGUCCUCGGCUGGCGAGUUCAAGUUGCCCUGCCUGAACAAGAGGGUGGAGAGUUUCAGUGGCUACGCGGUGCGGUACUUGAAGCCCGAGGUGACCCAGAACUGGCGGUACUGUCUCAACCAGAACCCCAGCCUGGACCGCUACGGACAGAAGCCCCUGCCUUUCGACACCCUGAAUGCUUACCGACGCUUCGGCUCAAUCUACAGUCGUGUCAACUACCUGACCCCCUGGCAUUAAUCUGUGAAAAGGAAGCCGGUCCUCAGGCUGCUGGGCUGUGCCAUCUCCGGUUCUCCAGCAGGACAGAGCGGGUAUGGUGGCACCACCCAUCUCCCUAAAAGUUCAGCCGGACUGGAAAUAAACCUAAUGCUCCCCCAGGAAGGAACCAGG